CAAAAUAUUUUUUGUUUUACCUUGAAGGGGAAAAAAAACCCAUCUAUUAUAGUAGUUCUUUUUAUCUUCCUCUAUUUUCAGCAUUACAAGGAGCAAGAAAUCUUCACUACUUGAAUCUAAGAAAAAACAAUCUCAGCGAUGGAAGUAUGAGAGUAUUAUGUGAAGUAAGGAAUCUUCGGACAUUGGAUUUAAGUUAUAGCAAUCUCAAUGUGGAACAUAUACCACAUUGUCCACAACAAAAUCAUUCUUCUUUGGAAGAACUCAUUCUAAGUGACACUUUUGCCACCAAAGACUCGGAUGCUCUUCUAGAAGGAUUAAUAUGUAGAUGGAAGAAAUUUAAACGGUUGGAUCUAAGUAUGAAUGAUCUCAAUGAUGAAAGAUUACCCUCUUGCCUAUUGCAUAACAACCCUAUGCUCGAAGGGCUUGAUCUGUCAUCGAAUAAUUUAAAAGGUUCACUUGGAUUCUCAACAGGACCCACUAAUGGUGCUACUUGAGCAAGUUGGGCCAAGUUUUUACAAAAGCUAGACCCAGCCUGAGGUUUCUUGAAUUUGGCCCUGGUCUGGCCUAGCUGGGUCUUCACUGUGAUACCCAAAACCAGCCGAGCUCAACUGAGCUCAAUCUUGGCUAGCCUAGAGACUGGCCAAGUGUGAGCGUAUGAAAGGUUCGAACUGUGGGAAUGAAGGAACUGGGAACUUCUUCUUUUUUUGAAUUUCUUUGACAUUCAAGUCUUGUGAAUUAUAGAAAUAGAAUAGGGAUAGAACAGUUUAUUUGGAUACAAGAUUGUACAAAAUGAAUUUUUUUAUUUAUUUUUUAAUAUAAUAAACACAUUCUUUGUCGUUCUAGAUUAUAGAAGCUAUAAGACUUAUCAAAGACCCAAAUUAAAUGCUUUGAAAACGAGUAGGAACAAUCAAUUAACACUUACAAUAGAUCCUACAAAAACAACUUGAAAAUAUAUUAAAAAAGAAAAAAAUUAGGCCCAACCCGUCCGGUCUGUCUUCCAAGCCGAGCUUAGCUGAGCUCUGCAAAAAUGGACCGGGUCGGCCUUGGGCUGAAGUGAUGAUAUUCCAUUUCAAUUUUGGGCCGAUCCAGGCCUGGUUGUACUCUACAUGUCAUAAACCCUUGCUUCUAUUCUUUCGUUUUUUUUUGUUUUU